GCAUCGACGCCAUCUCUCGUGUCCGAGGUGCUCGGGGUGUGCGUGGCACUCGCUGAUGAGGCUGGCGACAUCGUUCGAUCAGUAGCCGCGGGAGGAAGCCUCGGUCAAGUUAAGGACAAGAGCGGAAAGCAGGGGGCCGACAACAAGGCAAUCGAUCCUCAGACGCAGGCAGAUAGAAGAGCGGAACGCCUCAUCGUCGCGACGCUGAGGAGCAAGUUCGGCGAUCGGGUCAAGGUUCUCGGAGAAGAGUCACUCGAAGGCGCGCUGACAGAGGCGGGAUCUGCUGCUGAACUCGUCAAGCCAAUCGAGCUUCACGUCCCGCCGAGUGCGGAGGCGAAGUCCGACGACGUUUGCGUCUGGGUCGAUCCCUUGGACGGAACGCGAGAGUACGUCGAGGGUCCCGAUCACUGGUCCGGAGUCACUGUUCUCAUGGGGAUCUCCGUGGGAGGCGUGCCCGUGGCUGGCGUCAUCCACCAGCCGUUUGUCGAUCACGACGGCGGGCCAAGCUCGGAUCCGACAUGCAGGGGAAGGACUCUGUGGGGCGGAUACAACAUGGGCGUGUGGUCCAGUCCUGGAAGGGACGUCUCCCUCGCGCGUCGCGUCCCAAGGCUCCCCGUCGCCGAUCCCGCUAACCUCAGGGUCGCCACGACGAGGUCGCACCCGGGGCCCGCGAUUGAGCGAGCGAUCGACUUGCUCACCCCGGCGGAGGUGGUGCGAGCGGGAGGCGCGGGUGGGAAAGUCGCGUUGAUCCUCGAUGGGCGGGUUGACGCGUGGGUGUUUCCACAGAAAGGAACGAAGCGUUGGGACACGUGCGCGGGCGAGGCGCUUCUGCGAGCG